AUGCCUCCAAAACGGCGCAAAACCACGAAGUCCAAGCCCAAGAAGCCUGCACCUCCCCCGCCAGGCUCCUUUGAGGAGCUCAUUUUCGAUCUAGAGUACCAGCUCAGUCUUGUCAAAGGGUUAGAGACAAACGAAGACUUUGCUUUCAAAAAGCAGGAGAAUGAUGUGAAGACAAGAAAAGCGCUCAACGAAUGGGCCCAAAAAACACUGUCGCUGACCGCGCCCGCUCCUGCACCUGAAACACACUCGAGCCGAUCAGCUCUGGAGGGAGAAGGUCUUUUAACGCUGAGGAAGCUGUGUGCAGCAGCAGAAAGUGCACUGACAAAGCUAAGAGACUCUCUGGACCUGUCGGACCCUUCACUCAUAUCAACAGCCCUCAAAGCGGCAUUCGACGCCAUCGAGCCGCUCAUAACGGCAGUUGAGAAGCAAAUCGUGGAACCUCGAUUACAGUUCCUCACAAAGCGCGAACAAUGGAAGCCGCGACAGCACACCAUCUUGGAUAACAGGCUCCCGGGGUUUGACUGGGACAGUGCCAUAAACCGCCAGCUUAAUGAUGCGGCGUCCGACGCUCCGUUAAGCCCUCCUCCGCCACUGCCAGGCGACAGCGACACCGAAUCCACCCAUCACGGCAUCAAUAAUUUCGAAGCCGAGCAAGAUGGCGAACGUAUGAAUGCAGCAGUCGAAGGACUCAACGACUCUAUCGAAGGAAUUCAACCGUUGGAGAAUGAGGGGAUUGAGCCUAUAGACACUGAACAGCCGGAGAUUGAGCGGCUGGAGCCCAUGGACACUGGAAUGACGGGACGGGAUAUGGAAGCCAGAGGAGAAGCCUCAGCAGCCAAACACGCUACCGGAGGAACGGAAACAUCAAACAAUGAGCCGCUAAAACCCGUGAACACCGUCGUGGCGGAGCAGGACAUGGCAGCCAAAGAAGAGGCCUUCAAAGAAAGAGAACGGAAUCUCCAGGAACAGCUAGACAAGGAACGCCAGCGCCUAAGGAAAGAGUUUGAGGAACGCGAGGCGACAAUACUUCAAGCGGCUCAGAAACGGGAAGAGGAGAGGCUGCAACAGGAAGAGGAGCGGCGUCGACAGGAAGAAGAGAAGCGCCAGGAACUAGAGGAGAAGGUUCGGAAACACGACGCGGAUAUGGAGGCGAUGCGCCAACAGAUGAGAGCCAUGAGCGCCAUGAUGGAGCUGUUGGGGCAAAAUCGAGGGGUUCAGGGACCCCAGUAGCUUCGAUUG